UUAUGCACCAAUAGCUGAGGCGUUCAGGGUUGUUCCAGGUCCGCUGCCCUCACCUGUCUGGGUCGGAGGGCUGUGUUCCGCCGCACUAGGAAGUGACGCAGACUGUGGCAGUGAGACGCUUCCUGCGGAGGCCUAGGUGGGACGCGAGGGAGCUGCAGCACUCAGAGGACGACAUGCCGACUGCCAAGCAGCUAGCUGAUAUUGGCUACAAGACCUUCUCCACCUCCAUGAUGCUCCUCACUGUGUACGGGGGCUACCUCUGCAGUGUCCGAGUCUACCACUAUUUCCAGCGGCGCAGCUUGCGGCGCCAGGCUGCAGAAGAACAGAAGACCUCGGGAGUCCUAUAGAACUGGGGGGCUCUAUCUCCUGAGCAGAGAGGUCUGGGGCAUGCUGUGGAAAGACCUCACCUGCCAUUAUUUCCAGGUCGAGAGGACUAGGUCAUUGAUGAUUUUCAAGCCCUGUUGGAAGAAAGUGCCCACAGUUUCUUUGGGACUGCUAGUCAGUGCCAGUUUGACAGUUUGUGGAGGCUGUUGAACCGUAAUAGGAAUGUGAGGGUGAGGUACACCUACCGAUAUUAAAUAUUUUGCCAUGUCUG